AUGACCGCCCGUUCCAUUGUCUUGGAUGUCAUCGUCUGCAGCGCGCUCAUCAGCGCCUGCGACAAAGGUGGGCAGUGGCAGUUGGCUCUUCGCUUCCUGCAGGAGGGAAUGCCUGCAGCGACUGUGGAUGCCAACAUCGUCGCCUGGAAUUCCGCCAUGAGCGCCACCGAGCGGGCGAUGCAGUGGCCGAAGGCCUUGUCCUUGCUCUUCACCCUGGGAUCUAUGCGCCUCGAUGCGACUGUGGAAAGCUACAGCUGCAGUGUCAGCGCGAGCGGCAAACGAGGCCAGUGGCCAUGGGCUUUGCGGCUCUUCGCAAGGAUGGCCGAUCGGCAGGUGGAGAGAGACCUGAUCACGAUCAACAGCCUCGUCACCUCUUGCGUCCUCAUGUGGAGUGCCGGCAGCGCGCUGCAGGUUGUGAAGGAUGUGCAGAGCGACAACAUGGAUCUGGAUGCCUGCGUCUUGCCCAGUCUCGUGGAGGCCUACACCGACAUGCGUGACGGUGUGGCCGCCCUGGACAUCUUGGGAGAUGUCCGUAGGACGCUGAAGGAACGACUGGGCCGCGGCCGGUAG